AAGGAUUUACCUGGAGACAAAGCAUCCUGCUCACCAGAGACUGGACCGGAGUUCCUGGCGCUGGGCCACUGAAGAUGCAGUUGUCAUGGGAACGGCUGAUCCUGCUGCCUUUCAUUGGCUGCCUGGGAGGCGAGCUUCUCUUCCACGGCCCCGUGUUCGUCAGUGAGCCCAGCAACAGCAUGGUCCCCGUCGGCUCCGAGGACAAAAGAGUCACUUUAAGUUGUGAAGCGAGAGGCAACCCUGCACCUCGUUACAGAUGGCAGCUGAACGGGAGUGACGUUGACCUGGGCCUGGAGCAUCGUUACGAGCUGCACGGCGGAGACCUCGUGGUCGUCAACCCCGACAGGGACCGGGACGCCGGGAGUUACCAGUGUUUCGCAACAAACUCGGUGGGAACCGUCGUCAGCAGAGAAGCCCGACUCCAGUUUGCCUACCUUGAACAUUUUAAGACCAAGACGAGGAACACGGUGUCCGUGCGGGAAGGCCAGGGUGUCGUCCUGCUCUGCGGGCCCCCGCCCCACUCCGGAGAACUCUCUUAUGCCUGGAUCUUCAACGAGUAUCCAUCGUUUGUGGAAGAAGACAGCCGGAGGUUCAUCUCGCAGGAGACGGGCCACCUGUACAUAGCCAAGGUGGAGCCGUCCGACGUGGGGAACUACACGUGCGUGGUGACCAGCACGGUGACGGCCGCCCGGGUGCUGGGCGCCCCGACGCCCCUGACGCUGCGAGCGGACGGCGUGAUGGGUGAAUAUGAACCGAAAAUAGAAGUUCAGUUUCCGGAAACCCUCCCGGCCGCGAAGGGCUCCACCGUGAGGCUGGAAUGCUUUGCCCUUGGAAACCCUAUACCCCGGAUCACCUGGAAAAGAAGCGAUGGGCGGCCUCUCCCCGGUAAAGUUAAACUGCGGGAGUUCAACGGCGUGCUUGAAAUCCCCAGCUUCCAGCAGGACGACGCCGGCUCCUACGAGUGCGUCGCCGAGAACUCCCGCGGGAGGAACGUGGCCAGAGGGCGGCUCACCUACUACGCAAAGCCUCACUGGGUUCAGCGCAUCCAGGACGUGGAAGCCGCCGUGGAGGAGAGUCUCUACUGGGAAUGCCGGGCGAGCGGGAGGCCCAAGCCCUCCUACCGGUGGCUGAGAAACGGGGAGGCCCUGGCGCUGGAGGAGCGGGUGCAGCUGGAAAACGGCGCCCUGACCAUCGCGAACCUGAGCGUGGGGGACUCGGGCAUGUUCCAGUGCGUGGCAGAGAACAAACACGGCCUCGCCUACUCCAGCGCCGAGCUCAGGGUCCUGGCCUCGGCUCCGGAUUUCUCCGAGGCCCCCAUGAAGAAGCUGGUCCGGGCGCAGGUGGGCAGCGAGGUGGGCCUGGACUGCCGGCCCCGGGCCUCCCCCAGGGCCGCGGCCUCCUGGAAGAGAGGCGAGGCGGCCGUGCGGGACAGCGGAAGAAUUUCUUUUCUAAAAGACGGAGGGCUCAAAAUAGCCAACGUGACUAAAGCCGACGCUGGGACCUACACCUGCUUCGCGGAAAACCAGUUCGGGAGGGCGAACGACUCCACGCACCUGGUGGUCACAGAGCCCACGAGGAUCACGGUGGCGCCCUCCAGCCUGGACGUGGCCGUGGGCGAGAGCGUCAUCCUGCCCUGCCAGGUGCGGCACGACCCCCUGCUGGACAUUGCCUUUGCCUGGUACUUCAACGGGGUGCUCACCGACUUCCAGAGGGACGGGUCCCACCUGGAGAAGGCCGGCGGGAGCUCGUCGGGCGACUUAAUGAUCAGGAACAUUCAGCUGAAGCACAGCGGGAGGUACGUCUGCGUGGUGCAGAGCGGGGUGGACAGCGUCUCGUCGGCCGCUGACCUGGUGGUGAGAGGCUCCCCGGGGCCACCACAGAACGUGAAGGUGAAUGAGAUUACGGACACAACGGCCCAGCUGUCUUGGACAGAAGGUACAGACAACCACAGCCCAGUCACGUCCUACUCCGUCCAGGCGCGGACGCCUUUCUCCGUGGGCUGGCAAACCGCCACGACAGUGCCCGAGGUCAUCGACGGGAGCACGCGCACCGCGACCGUAGUCGAGUUAAACCCGUGGGUGGAGUACGAAUUCCGGGUCGUAGCCAGCAACCGAAUCGGAGGUGGAGAGCCCAGCUUGCCCUCAGAAAAAGUAAGAACUGAAGAGGCAGUUCCAGAGGUGCCUCCUUCCGAGGUCAGCGGAGGAGGCGGGAGCCGGUCCGAGCUGGUCAUAACCUGGGACCCAGUCCCGGAGGAGCUGCAGAACGGCGAGGGCUUCGGCUACGUCGUCGCCUUCCGCCCCCUGGGGGUCACCACCUGGAUCCAGACGGUGGUCACGUCUCCCGACGCCCCGAGAUACGUGUUCAGGAACGAGAGCAUCGUGCCGUUUUCACUGUACGAAGUUAAAGUGGGCGUUUACAACAACAAGGGGGAAGGGCCCUUCAGCCCGGUGACCACCGUGUUCUCUGCAGAGGAAGAGCCUAUGGUCGCUCCCUCUCGGGUCUCGGCCAGCAGCCUGUCUUCCUCCGAAAUCGAGGUUUCCUGGAGCGUGAUCCCGUGGAAGCUGAGCAAUGGACACCUGCUCGGCUACGAGGUGCGGUACUGGAGCAGCGGGGAGGAGGGCUCGCCACGCAGAGUGACCGUGGCGGCGGGGGAGACCUCCGCCCAGCUCCGUGGCCUGAGGAGCCACCUGCUGUACCAUGCCGCCGUCCGGGCCUACAACAGCGCCGGCGCCGGGCCCUUCAGCGCCACCGUGAAUGCCACCACCAAGAAGACACCUCCCAGCCGGCCGCCCGGGAAUGUGGUCUGGAACGCGACGGACACAAAGGUGCUCCUGAGCUGGGAGCGGGUCCGAGCCCUCGAGAACGAGUCGGAGGUGACGGGGUACAAGGUUUUCUACAGGACUAGCGGCCAGGACAAGGCGCAGGUGCUGAGCACGAACCGCACGUCGGCAGAACUGCGGCUGCCCGUGAAGGAGGGAUACAUCGUCCACGUCAGGGCCACCACGGCCGGCGGGGACGGCACCAGCAGCGAGCCCGUCAGGAUCCCGCGGAUAACCAGUUCGGGCGCGAGGGGCUCCACGCCGGCCACCUUGCACGCCCGCCCCGUGACAACCUGCCUACCCGCGGUCCUGCUCCUGGCACACGCCCUGUGGCGAUAGUAACUCCUUUGUACUAUUUACUGGAAAGUUAAUUGGUUACAAAAAAGUGCUUUCAUGAAAUGCGGUGAUUAUGCAUGUUUUUUUCCAACUCUGUAUUUUUAACUUUCUACGUAGGUAAAAUAUGGAUAUAAUUAUUUAAAAAAAAACACACAACACAGUACAUCCUUUUAGGAGAAUCUGAAAUGCCUUAAUACUUGAUAAACCAAAGGACUUUACCUAUUCUGUACUUCAGACGUUUGAUAUCCAGGGUGUCCCAAAAAUGUGUACACACACUUUGAGUAAUUAUGAAUUCCAACGAGUUAAAUCUGAAAAGGAAGAAACAUCAGUUGAGCUCUCGGCUGCUGAAGUGUGUGUACGUUUUGGGGGACACCCUGGAGAUGUUUGUAAGCUAUGGUUUCGAGCCCUGCCUGUGGAUAAAGACUCACAGCCUCCCACGUGGACACACACAUAUUUGUUGUCUUUUAUAUUAAUAUAGAAAAGCUCAUUUAAUCCAAAUGUUAUUGUCCCCAUCGUUCGGGGGUCUUCAUCAGUAUUAUUUUGGGUCAAAAACGCAUUUAAAAACUACCCUGUUUGGAAGAGGGUGAGUGGGAUUUGAAGGCGGCUUGGAAAACGCCGCCCUGGGCCCGAGGGUGCUCUGCGCCCCAUUCUUACCUCUCCCCCCGUCCGUGACUCAGACGAGGGGACGGUCACACCCACCUCACCUGCCUCUGCCCCGAGAGUGACUGGAGGGAACCCUGAGUGUCCUCGCCUAACCCUAACCCUGGACCUGUGCAAAUGUAUUUACACAGGGUGCCGGGACGAGCUGGUGAGUAAUUCCUGUGCGUUCCUGUGCUUUUCAUUUUCGACACGAUUUUCAAAGCUUUCCUUCCAUUCCGGGCAGGCUUUUAUUCCAUUCGAUGAUAUUAUGGAAUCGAAAUGACCACACUCUAUCCGUUCUCAAACAUUUAAAAAUAAUAAUAAUAAAAAUGAAUUGUUUCCUUCCCACCGACGAGCUUUCAGGUUUUAUUAAAACAUAGUGGAGGAAAUAAGGAAGGACCUGAAUCCCAGCCCACGUGCUCAACAAAACUCACACGGUUUUUCAUUUCCAAUUUCUGGUUCCAUUAAGGGACCCGCUCUUCUCUGGGCGUCAGAGAUGGCUUUUUAAUGGAAUCCAGCCGCGUCUCUGAGCGCCUGGCAGGCUUUGUGGCUCCCGAGUUAAACUUGGGAUGGAGCCGGGCGCUGCUGCUGACUUUGAUGUGUGGGGCUCGCCGCUCCGUGCCCGGUGUUCAAAGGCUUGCCAAGGACAGGACUUCAGAGCACUAUAUAAAGAACACGGGAAACCGGCAGAUUGAGUGUUAGACGUUGGGAAAUCAAUUUUUCCCUCUUUUACCAGUUUCACGUUUUGCAGGAACUUGUUCUUUUCCGCAAAAUUAUCAGAAUUUGAAGGCAACAGUUCGUGUACGGAAAAUAGAGCAUUGCUUUACGUUUAGAGAUGACGUUUAAGACGAAGUCGCUUUUCACAGAGAAGAACGAUAUUUAUAACUUUCUCUGCGAGGUCUGUAUAUUCUGUAAAUACCUAGGAAAGUCUAACCGUUCCUCCUUAGUGAGAAGCGCCCUGGAAGGGAGCCGCGCCGUGUUGUUGCUCAGUCAUCCCGCUAGUUCCCGGGCUGUCCAUCUCCAACAGGAUCGCUGAGUCGCGGCGUUUCCCGCCAUAUAUCUCCGUGAGAUUGUAUUUUGUUUCAUAUUGAAAAGUACACAAAGUACCCUUAAAUUUCCGUGUGUGUAUCCUAUGGUUAUCUGUAUGUAUGAUUUUCUAUUAUGCUAAUAAAAUUUAUAGCAAUCCA